CAUCAUUUUCAAUGAGGUAAUACAACAUCAACCAUCAACCAUUCGUUACAUUAUUCACAUGUCAUACUAUAUCCCUAAGACAAAAAAAGAAGAAACCAUAGUCAUAACAAACUACCAACAUAGCAACAGCAUUCACCCUCAAAGAACAAGAAUGAAAACUUUUCACUUGACACUUUUCACAACAUUUCUGAUCUCAUUUACCAAUUUCCUAACUUGUUUUGCAAACAACGACGUAACGAUUCAGUUAAACGACGACGUCCUCGGUUUAAUUGUGUUCAAAUCAGACCUCCAAGACCCUUCAUCUUACCUUUCUUCAUGGAAUGAAGAUGAUAUCAAUCCAUGUUCAUGGCAAUAUGUGAAAUGCAAUCCACAAACUCAAAGAGUCUCAGAACUUUCCUUAGAUGGUUUAGGCUUAUCAGGUAAAUUAGGAAGAAGUCUUGAAAAAUUGCAACAUUUAGUAACAUUAUCACUUUCACACAACAAUUUCAGUGGAACUAUUAGUCCUUCACUUACACUUUCCAACACUCUUCAAAAACUAAACCUUAGUCACAACUCAUUUUCUGGUCCAUUACCUCUUUCUUUUGUCAACAUGAGUUCAAUAAGGUUCAUUGAUCUCUCGCAUAAUUCGUUCGCGGGACAAAUGCCUGAUGGUUUCUUCGAGAAUUGUUUCUCCCUUCGUCGCGUCUCUUUAUCUAUGAACUUAUUUGAAGGACAAAUUCCUACCACACUUUCAAAAUGUUCUUUGUUGAAUAGUGUUGAUCUUUCAAAUAAUCAUUUUAGUGGUAAUGUUGAUUUUUCUAGGGUUUGGUCAUUGAAUAGGCUUAGAAGCUUGGAUCUAUCAAACAAUGCUUUAUCUGGAAACUUGGUUAAUGGAAUUUCAUCAUUACAUAACUUGAAAGAGUUAUUGUUAGAGAAUAAUCAGUUUUCAGGUCAAUUACCAAAUGAUAUUGGAUUUUGUCUUCAUUUGAAUAGGGUUGAUUUAAGUACUAAUCAGUUUAGUGGUGAAUUACCUGAAUCAUUUGGGAGAUUAAACUCUUUAAGCUAUUUAAGGGUUUCAAAUAAUCUUUUAUUUGGUGAAUUUCCUCAAUGGAUUGGUAACUUGAUUAGUUUGGAGGAUUUGGACUUAUCUCAUAAUCAAUUCUAUGGAAACAUUCCAUUGUCAUUGGUUUCAUGCACAAAGCUGUCUAAGAUUUUUCUUAGAGGGAAUAGUUUCAAUGGUACUAUACCUGAGGGCUUGUUUGGAUUAGGAUUAGAGGAAAUUGAUUUUUCUCAUAAUGAAUUAAUAGGUUCAAUUCCAGCAGGGUCAAACAGGCUAUUAGAAACUCUUACAAAGUUAGAUCUUUCGGUUAAUCAUCUUCAAGGGAAUAUUCCUGCAGAAAUUGGUCUGCUUUCAAAGUUGAGAUUCUUGAAUUUGUCUUGGAAUGAUCUUCAUUCUCAGAUUCCACCUGAAUUUGGUCUUCUGCAGAAUCUUGAAGUUUUGGAUCUUCGUAAUAGCGCGUUGUUUGGUUCGAUUCCAGAAGAUACAUGUGAUUCAGGCAAUUUGGCUGUUCUUCAAUUGGAUGGAAAUUCAUUGAAGGGAUCUAUUCCUGAAAAGAUUGGGAAUUGUUCAUCUCUUUACUUGUUGGGUUUGUCACACAAUAACUUGACUGGUCCAGUCCCAAAGUCAAUGUCAAAUCUAAACAAACUCAAAAUCCUGAAGUUGGAAUUCAAUGAACUAAGUGGAGAGCUACCAAUGGAGCUAGGAAAGCUUCAAAAUCUUCUUGCUGUGAAUAUAUCACAUAACAGCCUCACAGGAAGGCUUCCAAUUGGUAGCAUAUUUCAAAACUUGGACAAAAGUUCUUUGGAAGGAAACUAUGGUCUUUGUUCGCCCUUGUUGACAGGUCCAUGCAAAAUGAAUGUACCAAAACCUCUAGUACUUGAUCCACAUGGCUAUAACGAUCAAAUGAAUCCUCGAAUCCCAAGAAAUGAAUCAUCUGAGUCUAGUAGUCCAAUUCAUCACCACAGGUUCCUUAGUAUUUCAGCUAUUAUAGCGAUUUCAGCUAUCAUUGUCAUUGUAAUAGGAGUGAUUGCUAUUAGUCUGGUAAAUGCUUCCGUAAGGAGAAAGCUAGCAUUUGUGGAAAAUGCUUUGGAAAGUAUGUGUUCAAGCUCUUCUAGAUCAGGAGCACCAGCCACAGGUAAACUCAUUCUUUUUGAUUCUCAAUCUUCACCGGAUUGGAUCAGCAAUCCAGAAAACUUGCUCAACAAGGCAUCUGAAAUCGGUGAAGGAGUGUUUGGAACAGUUUUCAAAGUUCCAUUGGGAUCACAACAAGGAAGAAAUGUUGCAAUCAAGAAACUUAUCACAUCAAACAUUCUUCAAUAUCCAGAAGACUUCGACAGGGAAGUUAGAAUUCUAGGAAACGCUAGACAUCCAAAUUUGAUUGCGUUGAAAGGAUACUAUUGGACUCCUCAACUACAGCUUUUAGUAUCUGAAUUUGCACCAAAUGGUAACUUGCAAUCCAAGUUACAUGAAAAGCUUCCUUCAAGUCCACCACUUUCUUGGCCAAAUAGAUUCAAGAUUUUACUUGGAACAGCAAAGGGACUUGCACAUUUGCAUCAUUCAUUCAGGCCACCAAUAAUUCACUACAACAUAAAACCAAGCAACAUCUUACUUGAUGAAAACUUCAACGCUAAGAUAUCAGAUUUCGGAUUAGCUAGGCUAUUAACAAAGCUAGACAAGCAUGUGAUGAGUAACAGAUUUCAAAGUGCAUUAGGUUAUGUAGCACCUGAACUAGCUUGUCAGAGCUUAAGGGUCAAUGAGAAAUGUGAUGUGUAUGGUUUUGGUGUGAUGAUACUUGAAAUAGUGACAGGUAGGAGGCCGGUGGAGUAUGGUGAAGAUAAUGUGUUGAUAUUGAAUGACCAUGUGAGGGUUUUGCUUGAACAUGGUAAUGCUUUGGAGUGUGUUGAUCCAAGUUUGAUGAACGAAUAUCCCGAGGAUGAGGUUUUACCUGUUUUGAAGCUGGCUAUGGUGUGUACAUCUCAAAUUCCAUCUAGUAGGCCUACUAUGGCAGAAGUUGUGCAAAUAUUGCAGGUCAUUAAAACUCCUGUUCCUCAAAGGAUGGAAGUAUUUUGAUGACAUUAAUACGCUUAUAUGUUUAGCUAUUUUCAGUGGUUAUAAACUGCGGUCGCAAUUACACUUUGAACCAUUGGACUGUAGAAAAACACAGUAAAAUUUCAGCCACAAUUGUAGUUUUGUUGUCAUUGCAGAUAUCUCAAAAACUGUUACUUGUGGCUUCGAGUACAUAAAGUCUUCUAAAUUAUCAAGAUUAUUGCAUUUUUCUAAUUUGUUUCCUUCA